AUGAAUAUUUAUUGCAAGGUGUCUGAUUGUGGCUACAACGAAAAGCUGCUAUGGGCUCUUAUGCAGUACUUGGCCGGCCUCGGCCCGGUCCCAGUUUUGCUUGGUGGUGACUUCCAGUCUGAUGUCAUCAACACCUCGGUUUUUCAGUUGCUGUACCAGCAUGGCUGGUACAACUUGGCGCGUUUGUCUGGUUUGGAGAACACUCCGACGUGGUGUCAUGGUGGCAAGUGGCAUGACGAGGGCGCACCUCGUUCUAUCAAUGAUUUGGUCCUUGCGAACUCCUUAGCUCUCAACAUGGUGGAGUCCUUUGAGCACAAAACUGAUUGGAACAAGGCAUUGCAGCCUUGCCGUUUGGGUGAACCGCGACCUGACCAUGUUCCUCUGCACGUUGUGUUGGCUUCUUCACAUAUGGUGGAUGCAAAGGUUUCCAUUUUGCCUCUGGCCCAAGCCAGCCCUCCAGUGGAUCAGUGGCCGGCCAUGCCUUUGGCUGAUGAGAACGCGUUGUCUGCCGAGGUAUGGUCUCAAUUUUCCAGAAUUUUUCAGCAGCAGCUAGAUUCAGAUGUGGAUGACGCCUAUUCUACAUGGUGUCAAGCAGCUACAGCAUACCUUGGCCGCCGGCUUGGCCGUUCUUUCCCUCCUCGGGGGCAACUCGCAAAGCCACAGCUUGUGCCAGCUAUGGGCACAUGCAGCUACAAAGGUCCUGCGGAACCACACAGGCUCCGUCAAGGGCGUCGUGCAGCGCGGUGCCUGCGCGAAUGUUUGACUCUGAUGUGCAGGGCUGCCACCACACCGUGGUCUAUUGCGGACCGUAUCCGCUUUGAAGCAACUUGGGAACGCAGCAGAACCUUGGGGGGACGCCUCCUACAACAUGCUUGGCCGGAACAGCCCACUGCAGUUGAUAUCCAGGAAGCCUUGGGUCAACUUGAGAUGGAAAUCGAUGCACAGCUUCAUGAUAUUAUUUCUACGCGACAACAACAGUGGCGACAUAUGGUGCAUGACUCUGACAUUGCUUCCUCCAAGGGUUUGUUUGAUCUCUUGCGGCCGUCUCGCGCUCUUGGUUUGCAAUCAGUGCAGGUGAAUGGUGCUCCUUGUUUUGAUCUCAAUGUGAUACUGGAUAAAGUACAGGAAGCAUGGGCUCACAUUUUUGACCGGUCUUCCGCCCCGGCCCCUGCGGCCUUCCUGCAGGAAUAUGCAGCUGAGAUCCGUGCUCGUGCAGCGCCCUGUGAGUUGCCUUCUCUCACCGGCGCUGACCUGAUGCGACAGGCAAAGCAACGUUCUGGAAGUGCGGUAGGUGGUUUGGACAGUUGGCGAACCUAUGAGCUUCAACAACUUCCCAUUGUUUUCUGGGAUGCAAUGGCAACACUCCUGCAGUCUAUUGAAGCCUCAGGUGUGUGGCCACAGUCUAUGCUUCAUGUGAAUGUGACCAUGCUUAGCAAAGGGGAGGGCACUGAACCGGGCAAGCUGCGCCCGAUCAGUUGUGCGGCCGUGUUGCGUGCCGUUUGGGCCAGUCUGCGUUUUCGACAGAUCAAACCGUGGCUUCAGAGGGUUUGUCCUCCUUCCGUUUUUGGGGAGCCGCUUGAACAAGCUCUGGAAAUGUCCUUGGCCCAUGAAGAAGCACUCCUGGGAUUAGCCCCGGCUCUAAGCACAAUGUUUUUCGACAAGACCAAAUGUUUCGACAAAUUGGUCCUUCCGGUUGUGUCCAGCGUAUGGUCUGCAUUGGGAGGCCCCCCAGGGGUUAUCCUGGCUCUCGAAGGUUUCUAUGGCUCCUUGACCCGCAGGUUCAAGAUCAAUGGUGUUGUUGGUGCAGCAUGGCAGUCCAGUGCUCCUCUCCAAGGUUGUGCCCUCUCAGUAGCGAUGAUUCAUUUGCUCAUGGGUAUUUGGUGUCAGCGUAACGAGUCCCUGGGUCUUCGCCCGCGGGCAUACUUUGACGACAGCAGAGUCAGUUUCUCUGCGUCAGAUGGUCAGGCGGCUACCAUAGCUUGGCAAGAGGUGCAACGAUUUGAUGAGGUCAGUGGUCAACUCACCAAUACUCGUAAAUCUUUUGCAGUGGUGCCAGCACCGCGUUUUGCUCCACAAGUGGCUGCAGCCACCGGCAAUGCUUUAGAGGUGAAGGCGCAAGCCAAAGUUCUUGGACAUCAAACAGUUGGUGGCAAACUCAGGAGGGUUGCGGUAUCUCAUGACCGUGCUGACUCUUGUGCGGCUACCUUGCAGACAGUACGUGCCACUGGCAUACCGCCUCGACAAGCAGAAAGGUACAUUGCAGCUAAGGCUAUGAAGCAGUUUCUCUAUGGAUGUGAAAUUGGUUGGCCUGGUGCCCAUGACAUGCAGCAGGUUCGUUGGGCAGUCACUACAGCAUUGUGGACUUCUACUAGACUUCAACGCAACCCAGAAGUUCUUGUCACGCUCCUGCGAAAGGGUCAUUUGGUCGACCCCCUCCAAGCAGUGCCCUUUCAGACAGUGCUUGGCCUUCGUCGACUCUUUCUGAAGCGGCCUGACCUGUAUGCCCGCGCUUUGCAGAUCUGGCCUAGUUGUAUCUCAGGCCAGGCUCACCUGGCAGGACCACUGCGCAAUUUGGCAACACUUUUGGCUGACAUGCAGCUCACUUGGAUUGAUUUUGAAACUGUUGAGACCCGACAAGGUCGUCGGUUUUGCUUGUGGAAGUGCAGCGGCGCUUUCCUUGCUCACAGGCUCCGUGAGGAGCUCAAAUGGAGCAGGUGGCAGCAUGUCCACCGUAAAGAUAUGGAAGGCAUCCAAGCAGAACGGGGAGUGAACCUUUUUGCUUCAACCUUUUUGUUGCGUGGUGGUUUUUCUCGCCGCGAUGUGGACAGCCUUUUUCCUGGAUGCUGCCAACAGGUGGCUCGCUUAUGUGGUGGUUCGCUCUCCAUGUACAUGCAUGGUCUGUUGGAAGGUAUCCUUGCCGGCGCAGCUGUGGCACGGGUUCAGCUAGAAAAAAUGCACAAGGUUCCUAGCGCGACUUGCAUUCACUGCUCUUUGAACGUUGAUGAAACCAAAGUACACAUGUUUUGGGAGUGCCCUGCUUGGCAAUUUAUCCGGGAUGCCACCAUCGGCAAGUUUUGCCCCGGUGUAUUGGACAGGCACCCCUUGCCAGUAGAGCAGGAGUGUGGGAUCACCUUAAACCCUGAGUGGCUGCUGGAAGAGUUCUUGGCUUUGGAGAGCAUGCAACAACAAUCUCCUCCCAGUAUUUCUUGGGAAGAGGCGGCGCCGCAAGUCCUUCAGGAUGACCGCGGAGUUUUGGUGUGGACUGAUGGCAGUACCGCUCAUGGUGCCAUCCCGGAGUUGGUACGCAGCGGUUUGGGUAUCUACUACAAUGACAGUGUCGCUUUAAAUUUUCAUGCUGCCUUGGCUGGUCCCCUGCAAACCAACAACCGUGCAGAGCUUUUGGCAGUUGUGCUUGCAGCAGAACAGGGCGUUGGGUGGAAGCAAUCCUUGGUCAUUCACAGUGACUCUGCUUGGGUCCUCAACAGAGCACGUACUCUUAGUGGUAUCCAGCACAUCCCACUCACCUGGGAACACUCUGACUUGUGGCAGCGCUUGUGGCGUGCAUGCAACGACAUUGACAUCACCUUCGUUUUUGUCCCGUCGCAUUUGACUGCCGCGGAUGCGGAACAAUAUGGCUUGACUCCUUUAGUGAUACAGGGCAACAAUGAAGCUGACAAACUGGCUAAACGUGGGGAGCAACUCCAUCAUCACCCCACUUGGCAUGGUCGCAUUCGACAGUUUGGGCAACUUUUGCGCGAUACCGUGUGGUUACAGGUUUGCAUCAUGUUUGUUUGCUUCGCUCGCAAUCAUACAGAGGUACAGGGGUCUGCUGCCAACAUCUCUCCUGCCCCACUGCCCAUGAACCAUGGUUGGUUGCAAUUGAAAGAACGUUUACAUCGCGAACUACAACUCCAUCCUACAGGUGGUCGGCGAUUUUGCCACAAACGGCCCCCUGUGGGCCUUGAUGGCGAAGCUGUCCUUGAGGUAGAAGCUCCACAGUCUUCUGCAGCCAGCUCUCGCCAACGGCCUGUAGCCGUACACGCUGUGCGCCAUCCGCCUCGGCUUGGCCCAGCAGUGAGCAUGGAAUGGCAACUGGUGCCUAAGCCAUGGCUCCUUGUCCAACGUGCUCCUGGUCAACAUCGCCGUGUUGGCAAUGAUGGUAUGUUCAUUCAGAUUGGUGUCAAGCCAUCCUUGUUGCCUGCCAUGGAGUGGUAUCUGGGCCACCUCCAGUGGCCAGAAGAAGGUCGCAGCCAGGCCAUCACCUUUUGUGAACUUGCAAUUGACUUUGAGAUCGCGACAGGGGUUCUUCUGGAGAUGCCAAAGGCUGACAAGGCCAACCAACUUGGCCAGCGUGCAAGGGCUUUUGCAUCAGCUGCUUCAGCUAUUGGCCGCUACGUUGAGCGUCGCCCUUGGCCAUGUGGCAUUACUUCUCAAACGGUCAACAACCUGCAGAACACGUGGGGUCUCCCUCGUUGCGCUGGUCUCCCAUGGAGACCCCUAUUGCUUCAUCCUGAUGCUGUGGAAACCUUUUUCAAUGCUGCUGGUAAUGUGAUCUAUGCUUCAGAUGCGGAUUUCUUUAACCAAGAACCUCCUCUCUUGGUCCCAUCCCGUGAGUCUUUUUGGGAUGAGCAGGUGCGGCGAGUGCCAAUUUAUGUGCGCCGCGAAGAGCGUCGAGGUCAUGAACAUGUGCCGCAACUGCGAUGGUGUAUACAGGGCGACGCCUCCUCAGAGGCUGUUUCAGUUUCCACCAAACUCUCCAAAAAGGUCACCGAUUGGAUGAAAAAGCAAACGAAGGUGGCGGAGCAUAAUCGCACUGCUGCAGAACGGAAAAGACACUGGAUCGUGCUCCCUGAGCCACCUGACCCUUCCUUGUCUGGUGAUCAGUACGCACAGCUUGUGCAAGGUUUGAAGCGUGCAAGGGCUUUUGCAUCAGCUGCUUCAGCUAUUGGCCGCUACGUUGAGCGUCGCCCUUGGCCAUGUGGCAUUACUUCUCAAACGGUCAACAACCUGCAGAACACGUGGGGUCUCCCUCGUUGCGCUGGUCUCCCAUGGAGACCCCUAUUGCUUCAUCCUGAUGCUGUGGAAACCUUUUUCAAUGCUGCUGGUAAUGUGAUCUAUGCUUCAGAUGCGGAUUUCUUUAACCAAGAACCUCCUCUCUUGGUCCCAUCCCGUGAGUCUUUUUGGGAUGAGCAGGUGCGGCGAGUGCCAAUUUAUGUGCGCCGCGAAGAGCGUCGAGGUCAUGAACAUGUGCCGCAACUGCGAUGGUGUAUACAGGGCGACGCCUCCUCAGAGGCUGUUUCAGUUUCCACCAAACUCUCCAAAAAGGUCACCGAUUGGAUGAAAAAGCAAACGAAGGUGGCAGAGCAUAAUCGCACUGCUGCAGAACGGAAAAGACACUGGAUCGUGCUCCCUGAGCCACCUGACCCUUCCUUGUCUGGUGAUCAGUACGUACAGCUUGUGCAAGGUUUGAAGGUGCACUGCCUUUGGUGCAAGCGUGAGAGAUGCCUUUCUGUUUAUGGUGCUUUCAUGGACGUUCCAUGCCCUGCUUGUUAA